UCCUCAAAAAUUGCCUGCCAAUUCAAUAACAGAGAAUAUAUAAAGAUGUCUGAAACACAGGAGAUCCCCAUUUUUCUUCAGAAACCAAGACGCGUAGUGAGGAAGUUCUUGGCGAGGCCGCAGCAUGAGGGGAAUGGCGCCAUCGUCAGAAGAAGCAUUGGGAGAUAUGAACUGAAAUAUUUCGACCCAUUUCUUGUUCUGGAUGAGUUCUCAGUUGCUACUCCUGCUGGAUUUCCUGAUCAUCCACAUAGAGGUUUUGAAACAGUAACUUACGUGCUUGAGGGAGCUAUAAAACAUGAAGACUUUGAAGGUCAUGUGGGCAUACUAAGAACUGGUGAUCUUCAAUGGAUGACUGCCGGCCGAGGAAUUGUUCACUCAGAAAUGCCAUUAGGAUCGGGGAUUUCAAAGGGAUUGCAGCUUUGGAUUAAUCUAUCAUCCAAUAACAAAAUGUGAGCAUAAAAGUUAGAAAUCAACCUUUAUUUUAUUUUAUGAUGAGUAGAUAAGAUUAUAGA